CUUCUUUUAUUAUUUUUCGAAUGAACACAGUACUAAGAAGAGGUGGAGUUUUAUCUUGUGCGCGUUUAGUUUGUUUAUUUCCGAAAUUGCCUCCUAAUUCAUGCCGAUGCACAAUCUUUUCUCAAUUUAAAUGGCUUUGAUACAGUCCGUUUAAUUUGAUUUUUCCAUCAACUUCCUCCAGGCUAAAAUGAAGAUCAAACAAUUGUUAGGACUCAUACUAUUAUGGUGCAUCGAUGAGUGUUACGGCCAAGGUAUCACUAUAGUCAACAACUGCACUUGCAAGACAUUCGAUGGAGGAAUCUACAGCUUGAUGCCGCUGCGUAGAACAGACGGAAAACCAAGGUUUUUGAUUGCUGGCAAGAAAUAUCCUGGUUGGCGAUACACGUACAAUCCUUGUACGCCUGUAGAUGUGGGAGAACAUGAUCCUGAUGCCGAUCCUCACAAAAUAUGUCGAGAUGUUGCUAUUUGCAAAUACGCCGAGAUUGAAAAACCGCGCGAGUACUUUGAGGUUGGUUUGCAAAAAGACAUCAUGUGUGACAUAAACCAAGAAGGACAGAUAGAGCUCGUGUAUAAGACCAAUGAUCCUAGUAUCGACAAUCCACAUUCCAGAGUGGUGUUCCUGUGCGAUGAGUCAGCUACAGAGCCAGAUUUUGAAACCGUGGAUGAAGACAACUAU